CUUCGGUGCAGUCGUCACUCUCCUCUAGCUACCAGCUCCCCGCUGCCCUGAGCACGGCGGGCUGGCAUUGGGCCUGGGAACGCAGAGCAGUUUGGUGUAGCACUGAGAUGAGGCCAGAAGAAGAGAAACCUGCACAGGAUUUAUGAAGAUCUUCUUGUGGUCUUUCAGUACACCUGUUUACCACUGGAAGCAAGGGAAAGAGAGGGAGACUGGCCUGGAACUAUGAAAGUUGUAAAGACCUGCCUGCUUUUCUAUAGAAGAACUUGAAAUCACUGAAAGCAAGGAAACAAGGAGAAAAGUGUCUCUGAUCAGUAUAGACUGGUAAGAUGGUAUAUCAUCAAUCAAGAGAAGGAAAGAGGAGAGGACUUCCUUGAAUCAUCACAGGUCUACUUCCAGUGGCAGCUGUAGUGACCUUUGAGUGGUUGAAGACCAGCACCCUCAUAGAUCUCCACCCAAGCCUGUCACUCUCUUUCCCCAGCCCAAGUGAGACCCCUGUACUGUAUUUGUGCCUUCUGCAGGGGUGAUUACAUGGGCCGUGUUCAGGAAGUGGGCUGGGCUACUGCAGGACUGGCGAUCUGGGCUGGCACAUGCUACUACCUUUAUAAAUUAACCAAAGGAAGAGCUCAGAGUGUGACGAGACUUGCCAGAAAUGGGUCUAGUGUCAAGAUGGACACUGUGGUUGGGGUACAGGACCAGCCCUUACCCAUGAGUGAAGCCAUGGCUGGGGUGGAGAUUGAGACUAGACCCAAGGACAAGAAUGGAGCAGAAAAUGAAGGAAAUGAGCCUGGGGCUGAAGUAGAGACCAAGGUUACUGCUGUAGAGAGGUCCAAAGCCAACUCUCAGUCCAAGGCAAUGAUUGGGGCAAAGACAGAGACUCAAUUUGAGGCCAAAUCAGUGGCUAAAGCACUGGUCAUGAUAGAUGCAGUGACUCUAACUGAGGCGCAGGUCAAAGCCAGGGAAGUGGCCAUGAAAGAGGUGAUGACUCAAACCGAUUCUGAGGCUGGGGAAAUAGUCAAGAAGGAGGCAGUGACCCAGACCAAGGCUAAAGCUUGGGCACUGGUCUCCAGGACAGAGGCCAGAAAAGAAGCAACAACUCAGACCAAAGCUGAAACUCAGACAUUGGCUGAAAAAGAGACAGAGAUUAACAGAGUAACUGUAACACAGAGUGAGGUUUUGGCAGUGACCAAAGAAGUGGUCAAGAUUGGGACCAUGAAUAAAUCUGGAAUUGUGGUUGAAAGCAAGACAAGAGCCCUGGAAGAGACUGUGAGUGUGGUUACAACUCAGUCUGAUGGUAGGCUUGGUAACACAGGUGAUGCUAGGAAAAGUCCUAAUGGCAUGUCCAGGGCAGUGGCUGACAUGGAUGUUAAGUCCUGUGUACAGUCCCAGGCUGUGGUCAAGAUCCAAGAUGGUGACAUGCUUAUUGCUGAGGUUGAAGACAAGGGGAAUCUCAAAACCAUGCCAAAGGCAGGGUCUGAGGUUGAUACAAGGGCUGCUCCUCAACCUCAGAUUGUUGUCAGGACCCAAGCUGAGGCCAUGCCUGGGACAAGAGUUGAUAUGGCAGGUAGUUUUGCCACCAUGUAUAAGGCAGAGGUGGGGCCAAAUGUGAGAGCUUGUAUAAUGCAGCCUCAGACUAUAGCCAAGAAACAGGCUGAGGCACUGUCUGGUGCCCAGGUUGAUGGCAGGGAAAAUACCACUGUCAUAUCUAAGGCAAUUACUGGAGCUGUAAUACAGACUGCUGCUCAAAUUCAAGCUGUAACCUGUGCUCAGGCUGAGUCUGUGCCUGAUGCCAGAGUUAAGGGUAGAGGCAAUUCCCAUGCCACGGUUAAAGCAGGUGGCACGCCAAACAUGAGGACUAAUGUGCAAGCUGAAGCUUUGUCUGAUAAUAGCCAUAAGGCCAGAAGCCUUUCCAGUGUCACAAUUAAGGCAGAAGUUGGGAUAGACACAUUGUCCUAUACCCAGACUCAGCCCGUGGCCAAUGUCCAGAGCGAUGCUUUGCCCGAUGGUAGAAUCAAGACUAAGGGCACUGUUAACUCCAUGAUUAAGGAGGGAGCCCAGGGUAUGGCUCAGAACCAGGGUGAAGCCUUACUUAAUACUAAAGGUAAAGCUAGGGGCAAAGCCAAAGCCAAGUGUAAGACAGGGGUUGCACCAGACAUGAAAACUUGUUCACAGCCUCAAGCUGGGACCAAGACCCAAGCUGAGGUUUUGCCUGAUUCUAAGAUUGAUGGUAGAGGUGAUUCUAAUGGCAUUUCUAAAGCAGGGACUAACAGGACCUGUGGUCAGCUCCAAGCUGUGGUCAAUUCCCAGGUUGAAGCCUUGCCCAGUACCAAGAAUAAGUUGAAGACCUACCCUAAUGCUGUGCCUAAGGCAGAGGCUGGGACAGCUGCAGCAGACUGCGCUCAACCCCAAGUUGUAGUCUGUUCCCAGAGUGAAACCUUGAUUGCAGCUAAGAAUAAGUCCAGGGGUAUUCGCAGUGUUGUGCCUAAAGCAGAGACUGGGUCGGCUACAGCAGGCUCUGCCCAGCCCCAGACUGUAACCAGUUCCCAGGUUGAGGUCUGUCCUGGCACCAAGAAUAAGGUUAAAUGUAAUCUCAGUGUUAUACCUAAGACAGAGGCUGUGGUGUGUAUGACGGGUUCUGCUUUUUCUCAGGCUUUGGCCAAUUCCCAGGGUGAUACCUUGACUGGUACCAGGUCUAAGGUCAAGGGCAACCCCAUUGCUGUGGCUAAGCCAGAGAUUGGGCCAGGGAUGACAGACUCCUUCCAGUCUCUGAUUAUGACCAAUUCCCAGAAUGAGACCUUGCUUGGUGCCAGGAGUAAAGUUAGGGUUAACUGUAAUGUGCCUAAGGCAGAGGUUGGAGCAGGUUCAGUGGGCUCUUCCCAGUCCCAGACAGUGGUUGGUUCCCAAGGUGAGACCUUGCUUGGUGCCAGGAAUAAGGUUAGGAGCAGUCCCAAUGCUGUGCCUAAGGCAGAGGCUGUGGCAGGUCUAGUGAGCUCUUCUCAGUCCCAGACUUUGACCAGUUCUCAGAAUGAGGCUUUGCUUGGUGCCAGGAAUAAGGUCAGAGGCAAUUCUAGUACUGUACCUAAAUCAGGACCUCAGAAAGGUACAAAAGUGCCUGCUCAACCCCAGGUGAUGGUUGCUUCCCAGGAUGAGGUCUUGCUUGGAGUAAUGGACAAGGCUAUGUCCAGGUCUGAGGCUGAAGCUACAGCAGAAGAUAAGGUCUAUGCAAAGCCUGAGGCUGAGGCUGAAGCCAUGCUCAUUUCAGAGAGUGGGAGUGGGCCAGAUUCUCAAGCUUGCAGAAAAAACCUUCAUGAUUAUUAUUGGAAUGGGAUUGGUGUUGAGGAUUGGAUUGCUGCUGAACGGUGGAUCAAAUUUAGGUUUCAAGCCAUGGAUGGAGAUUGGGAGAAUAGUGUGUCCUGGGCUGAUGACAAAAAUGAAACCAAUAUUGGGUCUUGGAGUGGAACUGGUGACAGGAGUGGUUUUGUUAGUUCUUGGGCUGUGGCUUGUGAUGAGACCACUAUUAAGUCCUGGGCUGGGGCUAGGGCUGAGAAUGAGGUUGCUCUUGGGUCCUGGGUGGGAACUGGGGACCAGGCAAGUGGAGGGCUCUGGGCUGCAGGUCAAGUUAGUGAAGCAUCAUGGACUGGGGAUAAGGUUGGUGGUUCCUGGGUACAGACUGAGAACAAGGCCAUUGGAGGAUCCUGGCCUGGGACUGAGAACCAGGUUAGUGGGGCCUCUUGGGUUGUUCCUGGGAACCAGACCAUUGGAGCACCCUGGGCUGUGGGUCAGGUUAGUGAUAUGUCUUGGCCUGGGGUACAGGCCACUGGAGUGUCUUGGGUUGUGGACCAGGCUAGUGGUGGUUCCUGGACUGUGGCUGAAAACCAGGCUAGUGCAGUGUCUUGGGCUGGGGCUGGAAAUAUAGUUAGUAUUGGGUACUGGACUGGGGCUAUGGACCAAGCCAAUGCAGGAUCUUGGAUUGGAACUGGUGAUCCAUCUGGCAGUGAGUCCAAGCCUCAAAUUGAGGAUCAGGCCAGUGACAAAAGGUCCUGGGCUGAGGCUGGUGGUCAGGCCAAUGGAGAUUCCAGUUUGGCACCUGAGAAUCAGUCCAAUGGAAGGUCUUGGGAUGACACUGCAGAUCAAGCCAGUAGAGGGUCAAGGCUUGGGCCUGUAGAUCAGCCUAGUGGUGCAUCUUGGGCUGGUGCUAUGGAACAGGCUGGUAGUGGAUCUACACCAGGAUCUGAAGACCAGUCCAGUGGUGCAUCCUGGGAUGGCACUAGGAACUUGGCCAGAGAAGGGUCCUGGACUGGGACUGGUGAUCAGUCUAGUGGUGAAUCCAAGCCUAGUUUUAAGAAUCAGGCCAGUGAUGAAGGCUCUUGGGCUGGAGCUUUUGGCCAGGCUGCUGGAGUGUCCAAGUCAGGGCCUGAGGAUCAGUCUAAUGGAAGAUCAUGGACAGAUUUUGGAGAUCAAAUCAGUGGAAGUUUCUUGGUUGGGGUUGUGGAGCAGGCUGAUGGAAAAUCCCAGGCUAGUCCUGGGGAUCUGGCUGCUGUUGGGGCAAAGCCUGUGUUUGAGGAUCAGGCAAGUGGAGGAGGAUGCUGGACUAGUGUUGCUGAGGACCAGUCUGGUAGAGAAUCUAAGCCGGGCCCCAGGGAGCAGUCCAGUGGAGAUUCCUGGCCUGGCACUGGGGACCAGGCCAGUGGAUGGUUCUGUGCUUAUACUGGCAUUCAGGCCAGUGGAGCAGGGUCUUGGGGUGGAACUGGUGGUCAGGACAUUGGAGUUUCCAGGCCAGGGCCCAUGAACCAGGCCAGUAGUGCAUCCUGGUCUGGCACUGGGAGUCAGAUCAGUGGAGUAUCCUGGCCUGUGGCUGGUGGCUGUCCCAAACCUGGAUUUGGGAAUCAGGCCCUAGCAGCAGGGUUCUGGGCUGGUGCUGGAAACCAAGCUGAUACAGGGCCCAGACCAGAGUCUGAGGAUCAGUCCAGUGCAAGAGGUUCCUGGCCUGUGACCGGUGUCCAUGUCAUUGGAGCAUCUAGGCCAGAUCCCACAGACCAGUGCAGUGGUGCAUCUUGGGCUGGUCCUGGGAAUCAGGCCAGUGGAGGGUCCUGGGUUGGGCCUGGGGAUCAAGCUGUUGGUUGCUCCAAAUCUGGAUUUGAGGAUCAAGCCCAUGGAGGAAGUGCCUGGGCUGGUCCUGGGGACCAGGCCAGUGCAGUAUCCUGGCCUGUGUCUAGGCCUAGGAAUGAGGCUAGUGCAGGAUCUAGGCUGGGUUCUGAGGACCAGACCAGUGGAAGAUUCCUGGUCAGUGCUGAGGUGGAAGCCAAUGAAGGAUUUUGGUUUGGGCCUGGUAGUGAGGCCUUUAUUGGGUCUUGGUGCUGGACAGGGGAAGAGGUUGGUAUUGUGCCCAGGGCUGAUGGAAAGGAUGAGACCAGUAUUGAAUGCACAUCAGGGCCUAAGGAAGAGACCAUCAUUAGUGCUGAGUUGGGAGAUGAGAACAAAAGUAGUGUCGGGUCCUGGAUCAGAUCUGAGGAGGCAGUUUAUGUGGAUCCCUGUGUGAGGGCUGAGUCUGGAUCAGAGACUGGAGCUGCAGCUGAGGCUGAAGCUGGUAUUGAGGCUGAGGCUGGAGCUGAGGCUGUGGAUGAGGCUGGGGCUGGGCCUGGAGCUGAGGCUGGGGCUGAGGCCAUAAUGGGGUCUUGGUCCUGGGAUGCACAAGUGGCUACUAAGGAGCCUGGGCUUUGGGCUAAGGAAAAGGCUGGCAUACGGUCUUGGGUGUUGCCUAGGGAUGUAGAUGAGGAUGAGCUAAGUGAAGCAUCCAGCCCCGAUAUUGAGGAGAUCAGUUUAAGGUCGUUGUUUUGGGCUGAGAGUGAAAACAGUAGUGAGUUCAGAUGCAACAGUGGAAAAGAUAUUAAUUUUGAGUCUGUGUUUGGGGAAGAGGCAAGCAUCAUGGAUAAGUUUGAGGCUGAUGAUGGAGUUGAUAUAAGGUCUUGGUUCUGUACUGGUAAUGAAAGCAGAAGUGAGGACCAAUCCACACAUAAAGCUAAAGCUAAAAAGUCAGCAGAGGCAAGAGGGACAUAUCCAUCCAUGGUCCCUGGGGCAGGCAUGGGCUCAUGGGACGGAGCUAUGAUCUGGUCAGAAAUGAAGUUUUCACAACAAAGUGAGGCCGGUUUCCCAGCUGGAGAUGAAUUCACACAGCAGAACAGGGCUGGGGACAAAGUUCAGCCCUGGUCCUGCCGCUGUAAAGAGGAAGCUAAUAUGGAUCCACGAGACCUUGAAAAACUCAUUUGCAUGAUUGAGAUGACAGAGGAUCCUUCUGUUCAUGAAAUAGCUAACAAUGCUCUAUAUAACAGUAUUGAUUAUCCUUAUUCCCAUGAAGUUGUUCGUAAUGUAGGUGGAAUCUCAGUUAUUGAAAGCUUGCUGAAUAAUCCCUAUCCAAGUGUUAGGCAGAAGGCUCUAAAUGCACUGAAUAACAUCUCAGUGGCUGCUGAAAACCAUAGAAAGGUUAAGACAUACUUAAACCAAGUGUGUGAAGACACUGUUACCUAUCCCUUGAACUCAAAUGUACAACUGGCUGGACUAAGAUUGAUAAGACAUCUGACUAUUACUAGUGAAUAUCAGCAUAUGGUUACAAAUUACAUUUCAGAAUUCCUUCGUUUGUUAACGGUGGGAAGUGGAGAAACUAAAGACCAUGUUUUGGGGAUGCUUGUGAAUUUCUCUAAAAAUCCUUCUAUGACAAAAGACUUGCUUAUUGCCAAUGCACCAACAUCUCUGAUUAACAUUUUUAGCAAAAAAGAGACAAAAGAGAAUAUUCUUAAUGCUCUCUCACUAUUUGAGAAUAUAAAUUAUCAUUUUAAAAGGAGAGCAAAAGCAUUUACCCAGGACAAAUUCAGUAAAAAUUCCCUUUAUUUCCUAUUCCAAAGACCAAAAGCCUGUGCUAAGAAACUUCGAGCCUUAGCGGCCGAAUGCAGUGACCCAGAGGUGAAAGAAAGGGUUGAGAUAUUAAUAAAUAAACUCUGAUUAAUUAUAUGUUUCCAAAUAAAUGUGAGUAAUAUGUUAAUUUUUCAGCCUGGAAGCAAUACACCUUGUAAACUGCAUUAUGACAUCAAAACUGAUGUUAGGUAUGAUGGUCCAUAAAUGAACCAUUUUAUGAACACCAAAUGAAUUCAAAUUUGUCCUGAAAAUACAUGUCACUUUUUAUCUUGUCUGGAUUGAGAUAUUUUUAGUAUGCUUCAUGAGCAAAACCUGACCUGAUUCUUCAUAAGCAAAGUAAUCUUUGGUCCUUU